AUGAUAUCUUCUAAGAAGGCCAAGAUUCGAGUUCCCAACAGGUUAGGCCUUCCUGGUCAAAAUUUUGAAAGCCUCUGGGGUAUAUUGAAGGAUGCCAUCGACCACAUCUAUGCAGAUCAAGUUAGUGAGCUUUCAUUCGAACUGUUGUAUCGAACAGUAUACACUCUGGUGCUAAGGAGGAAGGCUUUGGACCUGUAUAGUCAUUUGGAAAGUUAUUUGGGAGAUAAAUUAGAUGAAUUAAAGCAAAAUAAUUUGAAAGAUGUGGAAGGUUUCGAACUUUUACAGAAGUUAUUUGAAAUUUGGAAAUCACAAUGUCGUUGCUUUAAGCUUAUAAGUGAUGUGAUGAUCUACCUGGAUAAGGUUUAUUGUAAAUAUGAAAGGAAAAUGGAAACCUAUGAUAUGGGGUUGGAAUCAUUCAAGAAACAUGUAAUUAAUCCUAUCAAGGAGAAUAUAAGUGAAGCUAUGUUAUCGGAUAUUAAUAAAGUUAGAUCACAGGGAUCAUUGCAAGUACCACACGCUGAUACUUGGAAAGGAAUUGUUGGUAUGAUGGAAACCCUAGAAGAUGAGAAGGAUAAUUACUUUUCAGCCCAUUUGGAACCUGUACUUCUGCGAGAGACUGAAAACUAUUACAAAAAUGCAAUAAACUAUAGGGAAUUGUUGCCAGUGGAAUAUUUGGAAACCAUGAAGAAAUUGAAAUCAUAUGAAUUCUCCUUAGAUCAAAAAUUCAUCAAUGGUGAUUCUACAGUUAAAGUUACCACCGUCUUGGAGAGCGUAUUGAUUUGGACCGAACAAUUCAUGGAAGCUAUACCAAUUUUAAUACGUGAUUCAUUAACAAAUAAUAAUGUUGAACUUUUGAAAGAGCUAUGUUCGUUGUCAUCAGAGGAGAAAUACUGUACUAAAAUUUUAGAUUGUAUCAAAAACUGUAUUUGGGAAGACGUUACUUCCCUAAGUGUGGACAAGAACUCAAGAAGAAGGGCACAAGUCGCUACUCAAUGGACUACCAAGGUCAUCGAAAUUUACAAUUACUAUCAAUCUCUUUUAUCCACCGUAGAUCUCCAUAUUUUCAUAUUUGAUGGACAAGAUAACUCCAGUUUAAAUUUGAUCAAUGAAGUGAUAGGGAAGUACUUGAACCAAGAUGCAGUGCAAACUUGCGAAUUUAUUACCCUUCAUCUGGAUGCAUUCGCAAAAUCAACAGAAGACAAGCGAGAUAUUAAUAGUGUGAAGGAAAGUUUGGAAGAUUGUGUGAAAAUAUUUAAACUUAUUUCAGAGAAGGAUGUCUUUGAGAACUUUUACAAGAAACAAAUGUCAAAAAGGCUGCUUCAUCAAAGGUCCUCAAUUAAAUUGGAGAAAUGGCUUGUUAAGCAAAUCAAGGGUGAAAUGGGUACUUUCUUCACAUCUAAAUUAGACGGUAUGCUCAGAGAUAUUAACCUUUCCGCAGGAUUAUCUCGUUCUUUCAAACCUGAUGAAAAUCUUUUGCCAGAUUGUGUCUUUACUUCACAAAUUUUAACGAUGACCUCUUGGCCCUUCCAAACCGCCAAUGUAUUGGAUGAAAAUGUGAUAUUACCACCUCAGAUGCGUCAAUACAAAGAGGAAUUUGAAGUUUUUUACAACAGAAAAUAUAACGAUAGAACUUUAAGAUGGGCGCAUCAUUUAGGGUUUAUGGAGAUUGGAUUUCAAUUUAAAAAUGGAUAUUAUGAAAUCAGUAUGCCGAUCUAUGGUGCUAUAGUUUUCCUACUUUUCGAAGACCAUGAAGAAUUAACCACUGAACAAAUUUCAGAGCUGACAAACAUGCCAGAACAAGAGCUACAGAGGCAGUUAAUUUCGUUGUCUUUGGCCCCCAAAUCCCGAGUUCUAAAGAAGAAGCCCCUGUCGAAGACGAUUUCACCACAGGAUACGUUUUGCAUAAAUUAUGGAUUUACUUCACCCACACAAAAGGUCAAGUUACAGACGAUUGCCAAUAUCACAACAAAGUCAGAGGCCCAAUCUCAAGCAGGACAAGAUUCUUUGGAGAAAGAACGUGUGAUAGAGGUAAAUGCUGCCAUUGUGAGAAUAAUGAAAUCUUGCAAAAAGUCGAUACACGACGAGUUGUUUCAACAAGUGUCUGAAACAUUGAAGGAUAGAUUUACUCUAACGCAGUCUGUCUUCAAGAAAAGCGUUGCUAACCUUUUGAACAAAGAAUACUUACAGAGAGAUAUGGAGGACACCAAUAUUUAUCACUAUAUAUCUUGA